AGAUAAACUACUCAUAACAUAAGCGUUAGACACUUUGUGAAUAGUGAACAAAAACUUUGUGAAAUGCACGUUUCGUUAAAAGAAAUGUUUCUUAAAAGAGGAAAUAGUUUUAUUAUAUGCUUUAUUAUUCUGCUUCUUCGUAACGUAUUAUCAGACGACAAUGGAAGAUGUAUCAUUUAUAAAGAAGAUGGAAAUGAGAUGUCCGAAGAUGAUUGGUUAAAUGGAAUAUAUUUACCAGCUAUUGAUGAUAAUUCUUCAAAAAAACUAUUAUGGUCAUUGAAGACGAAAAAUAUUAAAAAAAUGCAAUUUCAAUUCAAUACCAACCAUAAUAAUUAUUUUAAUAUUAGUUUAGAUCCUCAUUCUUAUUACCUGUCAAUAAAUUUAACUGAUGAAUUCGCUAACUAUGAAGAAUAUGAGUCAGUGGAUGCUGUUGAAAUAAAGAUAUCUUUUCAAUGUUCAAUUGAACAAAAACUUGUAAUAAUUCAGCCAAUAAUGGACUUUAAUAACCAUAACCCUGAAUUCUUAAAUGCUCCUUACGAUUUUACAAUAGGCAUGCCAAUUUUAAAAAAUUAUUCUUUUGAUUCACAUGGGAUAGUUAUCAUGGCACGUGAUAUUGACAUAUCAAAUAAAAAUGUGACUUUUAACAUAAAAUCUGUUAAUGACGAAACCAAAGGUUUUUAUUUACUAUGGUCUGGUCAAAGCAUCGAUGAUAAAAAUAAACCAAUCUUUAAAGCACGUUUGAUUACGACAGAAUUAAUAGACCUUCACAAUGAUGUGACGCUAAAAAUAUUUGUUCAGGAUACUGGAAAACCAGUUAGAAAUGCAAACACUACGAUUUCCAUUAGAGUGAAUAGCGCUAGAUCUACUUUAAAGUUUUCAAAAUCACUAUAUGUCGCUGACUGCAGAUCCGCUGAAGUUGAAAAGGACGUUGAUAUUGAAUUCGACAAUAAAAUAUUGAUACUAAGAGGAGCUGAAGCUGAUGUAAGUGUCGACUUCGUGAGUAAUCCAACAGAUUAAACGGUCUAACCGGAAUCUUGCCCACCAAUUUGCCCUAUAGAGAAAGGAGAACAACUUUAGCGGCCUCUAUAGGCAACAAAUUGAAACUUUUUUUAAGUAUAAAUAUACUUUCGAAACUUUGAAAAGAGACUUUAAAGGUGUCACUUCCUCUUAAGACGUUCUAGAGACGGUUUUGGGACAGACACAGAACAUUAGAACAUACUUUGGGCGUCUUUAAGUUGCCUUUUUUAUGUUUAUGGAACAUUGACGCAACGUUUUAUGAAACUUUUGAAUGUUUUAAAGUCAUCCUAAAGACGUCUUUGUGACCGCUGGGAAACUUAAAAAA